CCCACCGAAGAAGAAGUUCCGACAUUUUUCUUUAGCACGCUUCUGUCAGACAGCUAACUGCUAUUUUAAUAAUUGGCGUAAAUGUAAUGUACAUCUGCAUGGGAAUGAACCACCGGGUGUCGAGUACAGCAGCUGCAACGAACGUCGUCAGCUAGCAGUCUUAUGCCAUCAUGCCCCCUCUGGAGCAGUUCAUGGAAGUGUCAUUUGAGGAGCAGAGGAAUCUGUUGUACAGGGACAUGGAGCGAGGGGAUAUUGUGAUAGGCAGAAUCAACUCCAUCAGGGAUUUUGGCUUCUUUGUAACACUGAUCUGCAUGGCAGGUGGACUAGAGAGAGACAUAGAGGAUCUGGAGCUCACGGCCCUGUGUCCCCUUAGAGAUGUACCUUCUAAUGGCAAUCAUGACGAUCCGCUAUCGUACUAUCAGAUUAACGAUUUAAUAAGAGCUGGAGUGAAGGAUAUUGACCGAUACCAUGAGAAGAUAACCAUUUCACUUCAGCCCACCUCCCGUGCCCUAAACCUGAUGAGCCUAAAGCUCGGAGUGUUUAGUAGAGAUUUAGUAGAGAUUAUCUUCCACUUCAAUACAGUCGCAGUGUGAGGGUUGCCAUUGACAACACUGAAACCUAUGAGAGGGUUUUAGAGGAUACUAUUGGAUACUCCAACCCAUCUAAUGUGGAGUAUCUCCUGGGGAAGAUUGGGAUCAGUGACACACAGCCUCCCUCACUCAUGAGAGGGCUACAGAGCAAACAUUUCCUUGAGGAGGACUUUGCCACAAUUAUCCGAAAGAAGCAGUCUGCGUCCUGGGCUCUUAAAUGUGUGAGGGUUGGUGUGGACCACUUCAAAUCUGGUUGCCACGUUGAAGCAAUGAAUGAAUAUAAUAAGGCCUUAAAUAUUGACACUAACAAUGUGGAAGCCCUUGUGGUGCACUGUGAGUAUCCAUCUAAUUUUAUUGAUAAUGAUGUCGUGUAGUAGUCAGCACUCCCAGCCUCAACUCUGCUAGUUAUUUCUGUUUAAACACAGGUUUUUUAAAUGCUUUUAAUUCUAACAUAAAAUGUAGUUGUCCUACAUGCAGUUAAUAUAAACCUGCCAGUUGACUUCUCCCAGUUAUGCCAACAAAGGGAGUUUGCUAAAGGCAAUAACAGACUUUGAGCUGGCAUUGGAAAGCUGCCCAACCCACAGAAAUGCUAAGAAAUACCUAUGCCAGACCCUGGUGGAGCGAGGUGGCCAGUAAGUAGGAAUGUUUUCCCUCUUCCUUUAUUAUCCUGUGUUUCUAAGUGACAACCACUCCUCUAAAAUACUUGUUUCCUUCUGUUAGACUGGAGAAGGAACAAAAGUUAGUUACAGCUGAGGGCCUCUACAGAAAAGCUCUGGCCUUAAAAGACUCCUUCCCAGAUGCCAAGGAAGCAUUGAGAAAAAUAGAGCUACUUAUCCAGAACUCCUCCCCAGCAUGCAUUGCAUGCCCAACAUGGAUGAACUGACGGUGGAGGUCCGUGGCUCCAACGGAGCAUAUUAUAAGGGAUUUGUCAAAGAUGUCCAUGACGAUUCACUCGCUAUUGCCUUUGAGAACAAUUGGCAACCAGAGAGACAAGUUCCCUUUAGUGAUGUUCGGAUGCCACCUCCAGCUGAUGGUAAACAGGACAUCGGGGAGGGAGAAGAGGUGGAGAUCUUCUCCCGGGCCAAUGAGCAGGAGCCAUGUGGCUGGUGGCUUGCCAAAGUGCGCAUGAUGAAGGGAGAUUUCUAUGUGAUCGAGUAUGCUGCCUGUGAUGCCACAUACAAUGAAAUAGUCACAUUUGAACGUCUUCGGCCUGUAAAUAUCAACAAGGCGGUGUCAAAGAGCUCCUUCUUCAAGUGCACAGUCCCAGUUCCUGAUGAUCUGAAAGCAGCGUGCGAAAGUGAACAAGCGCAUAAAGAUUUCAAAAAGGCAGUGGGAGCUUGUCGGAUUGUCUACUGUACAGAAACAAGUAGCUUGGUUGUACUGUCCAUAAAUGAAGCCACAGUUAAGCGAGUGUCUUUGCUCAGUGACAUGCACCUGAGGAGCAUUCGUACUAAGCUCAUGCUCAUGUCCCGAAAUGAGGAGGCCACUAAACAUCUGGAGAGUACAAAGCAACUGGCGUCUGGUUUCCAAGAGGAGUUUACAGUCAGGGUGGACCUCAUGGGCCUUGCCAUUGGAAGCCAUGGAAGCAACAUUCAACAAGCCAGAAAAGUGCCUGGAGUCACUGCUAUUGAGCUGGAUGAGGGGAGCGGGACGUUCAGAAUUUACGGAGAGAAUGAGGAGGCAGUUAAGAAGGCAAGGAAUUAUCUGGAGUUUCUUGAAGAUUCUGUUCAGAUCCCCAGGACCUUGGUCGGCAAGGUAAUUGGCAAGAAUGGGAAAGUCAUUCAGGAGAUCGUUGACAAGUCUGGAGUGGUGAGAGUUAGGAUUGAAGGGGACAAGGAUGGCACACAGCCACGUCAAGAAACACAGGGAAUGGUCCCGUUUACAUUUGUCGGCACUAAGGAGAAUAUUGGGAAUGUCCAGGUACUCCUGGAGUACCACAUUGCCUACCUGAACGAAGUCGAGCAGCUGCGUAUGGAGAGACUGCAGAUAGACGAGCAGCUGAGGCAGAUUGGGAUGGGCCACAGGCCUUCAUCUGGCCGCCCAGCAGACAAGGGCUACACCACAGACGACAGUGUGGCUGCUACCGCCGUGCACACCAGCCGCUCCUACACCGGCAGAGGCCGCGGACGCAGGGGCCCCAACUACACCUCCGGCUAUGGCACAAACUCUGAGCAAUCCAAUGCCUCUGAGACUGACUCUGAGCGGAAGGAUGAGCUGAGUGACUGGUCCCUGGCGGGAGAAGAACCGGAGAGGGGGACUCGACCACAGAGAGACAGCAGGAGGAGAGCUGGUCCAGGGAGGGGUAGAGGGCCUAGGGGCCGUGGAGCAGGGAGAGGAGCCCCCAACACCGCUCUGAAGGAUCCUUAUGGCAACCCAUACAGUGUGCUUGACAACACAGAGACAGACCAGACGGCCGACACUGAUGCAAGUGACUCCAACCUCAACACAAACCGUCGCCGCCGCUCCCGCCGCCGCCGAACUGAUGAGGACACAACAGUGAUUGAUGGCAUGAGUGAAUCUGAUAACACUUCCCUCAGUGAGAAUGGCCUUGAUGACUCAAAAGAUAAACCACAACGGCGUAACCGUAGCAGCAGACGCAGUGUCCGCCCACCAGAGGAAAGGCAACCAGUUACUGUGGCAGAUUACAUAUCCCGUGCUGAAUCACAAAGCAGACAGACUAACCAAAAGGAACUGAAAAAUAACAAAAAAGAACUGGGGCAGGUUGAGUGUAUCGCGGAGCACAGCCUAUCUGCAGAAGCAAAUACAAGCAACGGCCCCAGCAAUGGAAGAGGUGACGAACCAGGCAGGGCUUCCACAGAACGGGUUGCCAAAGUCGCUUACCAAGGGAAUGGUGACCAGCAGCCUGUCCUGAACGGGGUUUCCUAAUCCACUCAAACUCAUUCAUUGUAAUACAUUUUUACAAUAGUUAUUGUACAAGCUUGCCAAAGAUAGUCAUGGACUUCCAGAUUCUCUACUGCACUUUUCAGUUCCCUCAACAUGGAACACAGAGAGAUUUAGCACUGAACCGAGACAUAAGAGUAUGUUUCAAGUACAUGAUCUGAUGUUGUGCCUUGAGAAUAGAUUCAACAUAGUUAGUUGCCUGGCUGUAGUAAAUGUUUUCAGUGAUGGCAAAGAUAGGAAGAAUCCAGUUAUCCUAAUAUUUGUUGAGUUAGCUGCUUUUUGUUACAUUUUAAUAUGCAACCACUUCUUCAUAUGAGGAAAUGCAGUCUGGAAGAGAAAGUUUUGCACUGAAUUGUAAUUUAUUUUCCAUAAGAAUAACAUUAGUCUGGAAACUGGUCUGUUAAUGUUCUUGUCAAUUUUUUUAAAAAUCCUGAAUGACACUCCACAUAGUAGUGAACCUGUAUGCUGGAAUGCACCCACCAGAGGCUGGAAUGAUGGUGGCAGUAACUGGUCUCAUGAAGGAGCUUUAUUUGGUUUAUUAAGUGUACAGUAUUUAAAAAGCUGUUAUUCCUAACACUGGCUGAAAACCGUAUUUUCUUGCAGGUGACAAUUUGGACUACUGAAAGAGACGUUGGUUUGGUAAACUACAAUUCUGUUUUUUUAUGCUCAUUCUGGUUUGAUGUGCAAUAUGUUUUGUAUGCCGGUAGUUCUUAAAUAAAACCCGAUCUUCCAUUUAGAUCCAAAACCA